GACCUCUUUGCCUAAGAAAAUUUCUCUGAAAUAAGGCGGAGUCUGAUUUGUUAUGUACUGCAAGCAGUCCUGGGCACAACAGUGAUUCCACUAUGUGCGCCUGGUGAAAUGGACAACUGCACAACAGCACUAAUUCAGACAGAGAACAGUCCUCGUGUGGCUCAAGUUGGGAUAACCAGAUGCAAGCCUGAAAUGAAGGACUACUGCUUCCACGGACAGUGCGUGUACAUAGUGGACUUGGACGAGCACUACUGCAGGUGUGAUGUUGGCUUCUCUGGUGUCCGGUGUGUGCACUCAGAGCUUGUCAGGCAGCCCCUCAGUAAGGAGUAUGUGGCGUUGACAGUAAUCCUAAUUCUGCUUUUCCUCGUCGCCGCCUCCAUUGCAAGCUACUACAUCUGCAAAAGGUACCGAAACAAGAAGAGACAAGUGAACACCAGUGAAUACAAGGAAGUUGGUACCCUGUAGGAGAAUCUGUGGCUUCGUACGGUGUUCUGUCCAUCUGAACAAACUCCGUGGCUUCACUUCUAUUUAAAUGUUAUUUUUAUUUACAAUAUUUACAAUAUUUAUGUUCUCUUAAAAAUUUCAAUUGUUUGGUGAUCCAAUCAGUAUAGGUCAAGCAUUUUAUUUUCAGUGUUUUAUUUUUUUAUUUAAUGGUAUUUCUCAAUGAGAAUCCUACAUUAAGUGGCUCUGUGGGAUAGAGAUAUAUUUUUGUAACUGUGUCUUCUUGCCAGUACUACCUGGCUCAGACUCUGAAGAGUAAUUUUG